GGGAAACACUGCAUUUGGAGGAGCAGACAAGGCAGAAUGGGAAUGGAAGCACACGCCAUGCACCACGGGCGAUUUCUAUGUUCAGCCGCCUCUAUCUGCAGCCUGACGCUGGACAGGAGUCACGUGACGAUCCGACGGCACGUGUUUUUUACGCCACAUUACCCGUGCUCCGCCUCCCGUUGGUUCCUGGCACUUACUUUGCGCUUAGUGAUGACUUCACGUGAAGCGACAUGCUUUUAUCCCGGCUUAUUGAAUAGUGUGAUCUACAAGUGACAGUAUCUAGGAGCGAUGGAGGUUGACAUGAUGAAGUGGGCUGAAACCAAUAUUUGCAGUCACACAGUAAAUUCAGUGGAAGAAGCUGGAGGAGAUCAUGAUGGAGCAGAUAGCCAGAAUGAAACACCAGAAGAUAUUAACCCUUUAUUGGAUCAUCUCACUUUAAUUCAUAUUGAUGGGGAUGAUACCCAGUCUGGGUUACGCUCUCACGAAAAUGAAGCUUGUUGUUCGAGAAAUGUAAUGAGAAAACAGAGACACUGGGAAAAAAUAGUUGCAGCCAAAAAAAAUAAAAGAAGACAGGAAAAAGAGAGACGAAAAGCAAACCGGUGUGGAGAUGUCAAUGCAGGUGCUAACCAACAACAACACAGCAAAAAAUUUGUGAAAGCAUUAACCAAAGAACGUCUCAUAGAAGCUAAAGAUUCUGGUCCUAGACUUUGUAUUGACUUGAGUAUGACCGAUCACAUGAGCAAGAAGGAGUUAAGUCGUCUUGCUGCACAAAUAAGAAGACUUUAUGGGUCAAACAAGAAAGCUGCAAAACCGUUUUGGCUAUACCUGACAAGUUUUGUAGAAAACAGUCUAUUAUAUUAUGAAUGUGUGAGAAUGAAUGACGGAUUUGUCCACUAUCUUGUUGAAUCCACAGAAGAUAGCUUUCUUGAUCUGUUUCCAUUGGAGACAAUUAUUUAUCUCACUCCAGAUUCUGACUGUGUCCUGGAAAACAUUGAUCCUGCAAAAGUAUAUGUCCUUGGAGGACUCGUAGAUGAGAGCGUUCAGAAGAAAGUAACGUAUCAGAAGUCUAAAGACAAUGGCCUGCAAACUGCUCGACUUCCAAUACAGGAAUACAUGGUUAAGAAGGACAAUGUAAAAAACUUCCACUCUCAGAUACUGGCUAUCAAUCAAGUGUUCGAUAUUUUACACACUUAUUAUGAAACACGAAGCUGGCCGGAAGCACUGAAAGCUGGAGUGUCACCAGGAAAAGGCUUUGUUCUUCGAGAUGAAAUUAUACCAGAAAAGAAAUCCUUUUGUGUAUAGUUUUACAACAAAUCAUUAUUUUUUUUUUUUUAUAUUUUAAAAAUAUUUAAAUGAAAUGGAUUUCAA